GUCCCAUAGUGCGCAGCAACCGGUUGUCAUCCAGAUUAAAUCACAUGCUCUGCUAUGACUCAGGGGAGUCUGACACUGAAAGAGUUAACGGUGGGAGGAUACAGAAUGGCUUGAAGUCAGGACAGAGUGUGCAAAACAGGAGAGGAUAGUGCAGCACAGAAGACCCCAUCCAGGAUUUUCCUCCAAACGAUGGUGGACAUAUCAAACCAAGGUCACAGCUUGAAUCUUGUCUGCAUCCUCUGUCUUUUCUGCAGCAUGUCAUAUUUUUAUAUCCAAGUGCCUCAGGAGCUCCAAAAAUAUUGAGCUCACGUGCUGAUGGCUGCAAGACUGCAUUCAAUUUGGGGAGAGUGAAUUUUGUUUGAAGCUUUUGCUAUAUAAGAGUAUUUUAAAGUAUAUUUAAAUAAGAGGGGAUCACACUGGGACUCGGUGUGAUCCUGAGUGUGAGCUGUGAACUGAAGCAGCACAAUGAGUCGAAGCAGCAUUCAGACUCUGACAAUCAGUGGACAAGAUGUGGUCAAGAACGGCAGCCAGAACUCAUCGGAAGAUGCUAAGGAACUUUUGAAGCCAUCCACACCCUCAAAAAAGACGCCCAAGCCAGAGAACUCUAUCACCAUCGCGGUGUCGUCCAGAGUCCUGUUCAACAUGGAUAAGGAGCAGCAGAUCUUCGAGCAGCAGGGCAUGGAGGAGUACAUCAAGUAUCAGGUGGCGCAUGAAACCGAGCCUUUCAGCCCCGGACCUGCCUUCUCCUUUGUCAAGGCCCUGGAGGCAGUCAACACUCAGCUGAGGGACCUUUAUCCUGAGAGUGAGGAGCUCUUUGACGUUGUUCUCAUCACCAACAACCACGCUUAUGUCGGCCUGAGACUCAUCAAUACCAUCAAUCAUCACCAGUUGUUCAUUGAGCGAUUCUGUAUGACUGGAGGAAACAGUCCCAUCGGUUACUUAACGGCCUACAACACUAACCUCUACUUGUCUUCUGACCCAGUCAAAGUUCGCGAGGCUCUGGAACAAGGUAUAGCAGCGGCCACCAUGUUUACCCAGGAGAAGAUGACGGAAGUGUCAGAGACUCAGCUCCGCGUUGCUUUUGAUGGUGAUGCCGUGCUCUUCUCAGAUGAAUCGGAGCAGAUUUAUAAGGCUCACGGACUGGACAAGUUCUUUGAACAUGAGAAGGCUCACGAGAACAAGCCUCUGGACCAUGGACCGUUGAAAGGCUUCCUGGAGGUUUUAGGAAAGCUCCAGAAGAAGUUUUAUGCCAAAGGCCAGCGCAUGGACUGCCCCGUUAGGACCUACCUGGUGACGGCUCGCAGUGCAGCCAGUUCCGGGGCCAGAGCCCUAAAAACUCUGCGGUCGUGGGGUCUAGAGAUCGACGAGGCCCUGUUUCUCGCAGGGGCACCCAAGGGUCCCAUCUUAGAGAAGAUAAGGCCGCACAUCUUCUUUGACGACCAGAUGUUUCACGUGGAAGGAGCAGCUGAAAUGGGAACAGUGGCAUGCCAUGUGCCCUAUGGGAUCGCUCAAAGGGUCCCAGAGAGAAAAGGACUAAAAGACAAAGAGGUUUCUUCAAUUAAGUAGCAGAAAUUCAGCAUUUCAGAAG